GUGUCAAAAAUUACUUCAGAAACCAAAAUAUUUUCGUGUAACCAGAAUAACAUUAAUAAAUUUAAUAUUUUUAAAUUAAAAUACCGAAGCCAGAUAUGUUAUGAAGAGUUGAUGAAUAUAGAGCGAGUCUAAUAUGACACUGAAAAAUGACGAGUUGCAAGUACACAAUAAAAGGUUACGUUUUAAGAACGUAACCAAUAUACAACAUUGCUCCGGUGAUAUCCCUGAUAGAAGUGGAAAGGGGCCAAAAAUCAAAGAUGGUGAUAAAAGCGCUUCUCUUGUUACAUUCUUGCACGUUGAACUUACUCGUGGCUAUUUACUUGAGCACGAUGAAGAAAGGUUUUCGGCUCGAAGAGAAAAAGUUUACUCUUUCAUCAAAAUACCACAGGAACUGGAAAAAUUUAUGGCAUACGGAUUUUUCCAAUGUGCAGAUUCUCUGUUAUUUGUUUAUACUUUUUUACCCUUAAGAUUUGUUAUGGCAUUCUGGUCAUUUUUUACCAGACUCUUUAGACAGUGCUUUGGGUUUAAUUCACAAAAAAAGCAAAGUAUAUUGAAGCCGGCCGAGACAUGUGAUGUACUUAAAGGUUCUAUAUUAUUAGUAUGUAGUAUAUUAAUGUGCUAUAUCGAUACAAACAUGAUGUAUCAUCUAGUGAAAAGUCAGAGUGUUAUGAAGCUGUAUAUAUUUUAUAAUAUGUUGGAAGUCGGAGACAGAUUGUUUUCCGCUUUCGGUCAAGACACAAUUGAUGCUCUCUUUUGGACAGCCACAGAACCUCGGGACAGAAAAAGGGAACACCUCGGACUCAUUCCUCAUUUAAUAUUUGCUAUCAUAUAUGUCUUUCUUCACAGUUUAUUAGUACUGUUCCAAGCGACAACACUCAAUGUGGCUUUUAAUUCCAAUAAUAAAAGUCUUCUUAUCAUUAUGAUGUCAAACAAUUUUGUGGAGUUAAAAGGCAGUGUAUUUAAGAAGUUUGACAAGAAUAAUCUCUUCCAAGUGUCAUGCAGUGAUGUGAGGGAGCGCCUUCAUUUGUCAGUGUUGCUUUUUAUAGUAGUCUUACAAACUAUGAAGGAGUAUAUGUGGAAAGAAGAGAGAUUCUGGAUAUUGGCACCCGAUUGCGUACUCGUUUUAACAUUUGAAGUUAUCAUUGACUGGGUGAAACAUGCUUUUAUAACCAGGUUUAAUGAGAUACCGUAUGGCGUGUACCGUGAGUACACUGUAAGUUUGGCUUAUGACGUUGCUCAAACCCGUCAGAAGUAUGCAUUCAGUGAUCAUUCAGAUCUCGUUGCAAGACGUAUGGGCUUCAUACCACUACCACUUGGAGUUGUUAUAACAAGAGUUUUAGUACAUGCCGUUAAAAUUGAUGGCCUGGCAGCAAUACUUUUGAUAUUCAUAGCAUAUCUAUGUCUAAUAUCAAUAAGAAUUUUAAUAUCCAUUGUGAUACUUGGCAAGGCCUGUGAUCUGAUCACACAACAUCAAAAUGACAAAAGUGAUAGCCAUCAUGCAACACCUAAAAAAGAACAAAAAGAUUUCAAGGAUGCAUCGCAUAAAACAGGUGAAUGUGAAAUGAGUUCUGAGAAGAAAUCUAUGCAGUUGAAAAUUGUUAUGCCGGAAAAUGUUAUGAUCGAGCCUCUUGUAGAUGCUUCGGUCGGAGCAGCAGCUAUAUUCUCAAACAGUGCUAUAGAUUUGAACGGAGUCUGUUAUCUUAAUGAUAAAAUGAAUGUCCAAGUUAAGCAGGAACCUGAAGAUUUCAUUGAACCUGAAUUGGACGUUAGCCGCAGUGCUCCGGACAUAAAAGCAGCUGCGGCCGCCAUAGAGGAAUCAGUUGAGAGGCCGCAGUCGCCGGACGCCGACGGGCUCAAGCGACGCGCUGAGUCCGAACCGAAUCUAGCAAAAAACGACGAACAGGAGAACACGUAAUGUAUGUAUUGAAUAAUUAUAUAACAUUAAAAUAUGUCCCCUGAGUCUUAUAGAUGUUUAUAGAACAUGUAAUGAUCAUAUAAUUUAUUUACGCACACUAGAUGAUUAAAGACAGUAAUCUUACACCAAGUCCUAAUAAUUAGACUAAAUACAGACAGUUGGCAGUUCAUUCAUAGACCUUUGCCUGUGGUAGUGCCAACUUAGCUAUAUGAAUGAAGUAUUGGCAACACUGUAUUUUGUUCUUCCAUGUUAACUUGUGGUAACGUCACUGGCGAUAUGUUAUAAUUUUGACAGUCAGCGCUAGAACAAAUAAAUAU